AUGGAAGAAGGUGACCGUCAUUCUGGACGACUUCAAGUGUUGGCCAUCGUGGGUUUUGGUGGCCUCGGCAAGACAACACUUGCAAACCAAGUUCACUCCAAAAUCAAGAAUGAGUUUGAAUGCAGAGGGUUCGUUACAGUCUCUAGAACUCCUCACAUGCCAAAGAUUCUGAAGGACAUACUCUUCGAAGUUGGAUAUCGUGAUAUGGAAAUGGGAGAUGAUGUCCAAAAGCUUAUCGAGAUCCUUAGAGAAAGUCUCACGACUAAGAGGAUUGACACAGAAGUUGCUUUGCAGAUUAUAAAAUCCCCAAAGAAGGUUUGGUGUGGAAAAUGGAUAGCUGAAGGAUUUGUUAGGGAAAAGCAUGGUUUAGAUCUAGAGGAAGCUACUGAGAACUGUUUCAAUGAACUCAUCAACAGAAGUAUGAUCCAGCCUUGUUUUGAUGAAGAUGAUUUUGAUGAGUCCUCGCGUCCACUGUUGCCCGCGCUUCGCGCGGGUUCCCUGCUAGUUGUAUCUAAGUGCAAAGAGGAAAACUUCAUCACUAUAAUUGAUAGGAAGUUUUCCAUGAAUGGAGCAUCACUAGUUCGCCACAUCAGCCAUCAGUUUCAUAGAUAUGGCCCUGACAGUCGAGAUUCUUUGUCAUCUCAAAGGCAUCUCAGUUUACCAGAAAAUGUAGCGUUCAAAAAUGGGCUUAGCAAGUUGUGCAACCUGCGUAAUAUGUUCUGUUUCGAUGUUGGGACUAAUUCCAUAGAGUGCAUCAGAGAUCUUGGCGUGUUGACCAAUCUUGAGAAGCUCUCGGUGAUAUACGAUUACUCUAGGCCAGGUGCCGUAGAAAAUAAUCUAGAGACAAUCCUGGGCCUGCUUCCUCGUUUUGACAAGCUUGGGAACAGCAACCUUCACUCUCUGAAUUUUGUGGUUCCAUCAGGUGCCAGGGCUCCCUCAGCUCAAUUUUGGAGUAAUUGCUUGGCACGUCCACGGCAUCUGCAGAAACUUGCCUUGUGCGGCGUAAUAAUGCCCAAGGUCCCAAAUUGGAUGGCACAUGGUGACAGGUUGGCCUAUCUGUAUCGACUAGAAGUCCAAGAGCUCCGGAGCGAUGACAUCCAGGUACUUGGGCAGCUGCCCUGCCUCAUCUACCUCGUGUUAGAUGCUGAAACAAUCCCAGAGAAAAACAUCAUUAUCCACCCAAACACAUUCUCUAGCCUGAAGCGUUUCGAAUUCUCUUGUGAGCUUUCAUGCCUGAAGUUCGAGCCAGCCGCACUGCCACGGCUACAGAGACUGGACAUACGACUUGAUGCUCGUGGACAAGGUGCAAUCCAACUGCAAGAGGGCAGUCCAGCUGGUGGCAUGGAGAACCUUGCUAGCCUUGUAGAGAUCGAGAUCACCGUGGAAAUACUUGCCAAAUAUGAUCACGGAUCCAAAAUAGAGGCUGCUUGCAGAGAUGCAAUCAGUCGGCACCCGACAAGUCAAGCCAUGCAGAUUCAUGUAAGCUGUAACGAGUUCGAUGAAAAUUGA